UUUAUUCUCACCAUUUCUCUCCCCCGGGUUAUUACAUGCUUCUUCAAAUCCUCUUGUGUCUAUAAAUAGAGGAGGGACGUGUUGGUUGUGUUGUAGUAUUUUUCACACUCUGAUCUUUCUUCUCUGGGUCUCUUUGGAUUCAUUGGGAGGGAAGAAAGGCGGAGAAUUUGAGCGGAUAUGAGAGAGUUCUGGACCUCUUUUGCGUCGCUUCUGGGUGUGUUUGCUUUCUGUCAGACUCUUCUUCAGACGGUGUUUCCGCCGGAGCUCCGGUUUGCCACCGUCAAGUUCUUCAACCGGAUCUUUAACUGGUUCUCCUCCUACUGUUACUUCGAUAUUACGGAAAUCGACGGCGUCAAUACCAACGAGCUCUACAACGCCGUUCAGCUCUACCUCAGUUCCUCCGUCUCCAUAACCGGAAACCGCCUCAGCCUCACCCGCGCUCUCAACUCCAGCGGCUUCACCUUUGGCCUCGCCAGCAAUGACAGCAUCGUCGACACCUUCAACGGCGUCAAUGUGCUGUGGGAGCACGUCGUUACGCCGAGGCAGGCCCAGACCUUCUCGUGGCGGCCGCUUCCGGACGAGAAGCGAGGCUUCACGCUCCGAAUCAAAAAGAAGCAUAAAUCUCUGAUUCUGAAUUCGUACUUGGAUUACAUUAUGGAGAAAGCGAAUGAGAUUAGGAGGAAGAAUCAGGAACGGUUAUUGUACACAAAUUCAAGAGGUGGGUCCUUGGACUCUAGGGGCCACCCUUGGGAAUCGGUGCCGUUCAAGCAUCCCAGCACGUUCGAUACUCUCGCGAUGGACCCGGAGAGGAAGAAGGAGAUCAUGGAAGAUCUGCAAGAUUUCGCUAAUGGUCAAUCGUUUUACCAGAACACGGGUCGGGCCUGGAAGAGAGGUUACCUUCUGUACGGUCCUCCAGGAACUGGAAAAUCCAGCAUGAUCGCUGCAAUGGCGAAUUACCUCGGGUAUGAUAUAUACGACCUGGAAUUAACAGAGGUUCAUAACAACUCAGAGCUGAGGAAGCUUCUGAUGAAGACGAGCUCGAAAUCCAUUAUCGUGAUCGAGGACAUUGAUUGCUCAAUCAACUUGACGAACAGGAAGAAGAACAGCAAUAGUAGUUCGAGAAGUUACUAUGAUCCUGGUACUGAAAUACGAGGUGCUGCUUGUGGCUCUGCUUGCGGUGAAGAUGGUGGGAAUUCAAUAACACUUUCUGGGUUGUUGAAUUUCACUGAUGGGUUAUGGUCUUGCUGUGGGAGCGAGAGGAUUUUCGUGUUCACCACGAACCACAUUGAGAAGCUUGACCCUGCUCUGUUACGAAGUGGAAGAAUGGAUAUGCACAUUUUCAUGAGCUACUGUUCCUUCUCAUCACUCAAGAUUCUUCUCAAGAACUAUCUGGGAUGUGAAGAAGGUGAUUUGGACAUGUCUGUUAUGAAGGAAUUAGAGCAAGUGAUCGAGAAGGCACGGAUGACUCCGGCCGAUAUUAGCGAGGUUCUGAUUAAGAACCGGCGGUUCAAGGAAAAAGCAGCGAAGGAAUUGUUGGAGACGUUGAAACUGACGGCGGGGAGGAACCAAAAAAAUGGAGUCCUGAGAAGACCAAACGGUGGGGUUGAAGACGAAGAAGAAGAGCAAGAGAAAAGAGCUCUGGAGAGUCCCAAAGAAGAGUCAGAAAUAGCGGACAGUUGCAGCAAGGAAGGUGAAGAAGCAGAGGAGGAGGAGGAGGAGGAGAGAAGAGAAGAUCAAAUGAAGGAUCCACCAAACUGGAAUACAGGAACAGCAAAAAAACAGAGACUCCGCAUUUGCUCUUCAGAAAGAUUUUAAUGGUAAGCCAAUGUGGGGAGGCAAUAUAAAAUAGAAAAAAGAAAACAACCUUGAAGGGAACCUGAGAAAGAUGAAACAUGUCACACAAAUCAUCGUCAGUAUCAUUAUGUGUUCUUUUGAGUUUUGAAUGACUUCUGCAUUACUUGAUAAGGUUAAAAAAAAAAAAGUUGAGCUUCAAUUGAUGAGCAGUAAGUAGGUAAGAUUAUGAUUUGUGGAAUCGAGAAAUGUUUUGAGUUGGAGGGGCUUUACAACCUGACAUUGGUGGUAAGCCAGCUGGGAUGUUGGUGAACAUCUGGGGUGCACAUGGCUUUGGCGUAGGGUAGGAGCUUGAUGGGACUUUGUUAGGGAAUAUAGCAAAUUUUAGUUGGGAAUCACCUCACAACACUCGAUUCAAUCCAAACUUACUAAAAACUUGUUGGCAUUGAAAGUGAGUUCUUGAUGACUAUCUUUAUAUAUUUUGAGGCUACUGCAUAUACCAACCAUCAUCAUCAUCCUGGAUGGCACGCCUUAAAUCUGUUGUAAUUGUAUGUAAGGUGUACUGUUCUUGCCUUUUAAGGCUGUUUCUUACUGGCAAUGUUCACUUAAUAGUUCACUGAUAA